GCUAGACACAAUUGACCGGAACUACUUUUGUGUGUGGUUGAACACCGACCAAAAUGGCGGAUGUGGUACGAUUACUAUUAACAGGUGUUUGUCUGAAGCUAGACUAAAAUACCUUUCAGGGUCCAGCUCUCCUCGACACACUUCGGUGGAAAAGUAGCUGUGCAGUAGACAAACCACAACGGAGCUCAGGUUAAGGGUGAGAGACAGAGCCGACAGAACCGUGGACACAGGCGGUAGGACCACCCGGAUAUCAGCGGUUAUGACCGAGGAGGUGGUCUCCUGGAGGGCUGUGUGUUGAGGCUGCAACUGGAAGAUUAGAAUGACCGACAAAACGGACAUAAUGGCUGAUAGAAUUCCAAGUAGAGACAAAACAACGACAGAUCGCUGGCUGUAUGAGUUUGCCAUCCUCGACAGUAUGCUAUUCAGGUGAACCAUUGGUGCACAAAUUUGGGGGAAAGCAGUGCAACAAGUCAAUAAGUUGUGCGUAAAAAGCACGCAGGAGGAUUGGCGCUGCAUGCUUGGUGACAGGAUGAGGAGGAGGAGGGCGGGUUGGCUCAGCCAGCUGUUGGAGGGCAGUGUUCCCCUUCUACAUCAGCUCGUUGACAUCAGCACACACACUUCUCCACUGGAUCAGACGUAUCUCUCUGUGCGCCACUGAUGUGCAACUUUUCUCGCCAACAACAAGAAGGUGUGUGAAAGGUGAACAGAAGGAAGAAACGCAGGUACACACUAAGAAGCCCACAAAGAAUCAACAGUCUUUUGUCUCGUUUCUGGUCCGCAUAAAACCCCAGUAGAUCAGUGGUUAUCAUCUGCAUCCAAGUCGCCUAGAUACACAAAGGUGUCACAAAGGUAUCAGGUCACAGUCAAAAUGGGAAGAAAGAAAAUACAGAUUUCUCGCAUUCUGGACCAGAGAAACCGACAGGUAACCUUCACCAAGCGUAAGUUCGGCCUGAUGAAGAAGGCCUACGAGCUGAGCGUGCUGUGUGACUGCGAGAUCGCCCUGAUCAUCUUCAACAGCACCAACCGUCUGUUCCAGUACGCCAGCACAGACAUGGACAAGGUGCUGCUCAAGUACACCGAGUACAGCGAGCCGCAUGAGAGCCGCACUAACACAGACAUAUUGGAGACUCUGAGGAGGAAAGGUCUGGACCUGGAUAGCUCGGAGUUGGACGGUGAGGAGAGUAUGCAGGUUACUGCUCAUAAGUGUGAUGGCAUGGAUUUGUCUGUGGGACGCCCGCGUAUCUCUGCUCCAUCCCUUCGAUCACCAGCAGGUCAGUUCCUGGUAGCCGAAACCAGCUUCCCGAUCUCUUCAGGACCCAGCACGGCCCCCCACAGACCUCCAUGCUUUAAAUCCAUCAGCCCAGCCUCACCUCACAGCUCUCUCAUGGCACCGUACUCUGGUAUCGGCUACUCAGUCUUUUCCCACGUGAGUCGGGGACUGGACCUGAAGAGUCCUCCUCCUCCUCCUCAUCCCCCUACUUUGCCACUGCCUGGUGAUGCAGACAGUCAGUGUUUGCAUGCGGCCCAAAACCCCAUGAUGAGUAAGGGGGUCUUGUACCAGGGCCUGCACAGUGCCAGCUCAGUGGUGGCGAUGGGCAAAGCCGGCAUUCUGGGCCACACCUUGGCAGGCUAUGGCCUUGCCUCCUCUGGAGCUUCUGAGUACAGCCAACCAGGUUUUUAUCACUCUUUUAGCCUGCAAAGAGGAGCAGUGAACUCCUGGCAAGCAACACCGCCUCCACACCAACUCCAUGGGCCUCAUAUAAGUGAAGGGAUGUCCACCGGAGGGUGUUUGUUCCCUUCUCAGUCAUGCUCUUCCACCUUGAUGCAUGAGCCCUGCUUCAGCGUUCACAUCAAAUCAGAGCGUAAUUCUCCUGACCAUGUGACUUCACCUGCUUCGUCUCCCCGACGCAACCUCAGGCCCGACUACUCGCCCAUGACCGACCAUUCGCCCCACCGCACCCCCACAGACGCUCCCCAGGCCCAGGCCAAGACUGCUUACUUGCAAAAGGAAGAGGAAGGUGGAAUGCCACUGAGUCAGGAGAUGUGCGAGGGAUGGCAGAGAUAGCUACAUACAGGUUCUCAAGUCAGAGCUGGUCUCUUCCUGCGUGAUGGACACUCCCCACCACUAGACUGUUCUCUUUUAAGGAGGUACACAUAUACACGUUUCUUUUAUUUAUCUAGUUUUUUGUUUGGCACUUGAAUGAAAAAGUAAGAUUAUAAUAAGCAGCACCUUUUUUCUUUUUUUUUUAAAAAAAAGGUAGUGCAGAUUAAUGGCACAACCCAUGUGACAAGAAAAUGAAACAAGAUUGAAAAAUGUUUUAAUUAAGUCACACAUACAAGUAAAAGCAAAACCAAAAAUAUACACACACCAUGCAGUCAAAACAUGUUAAACAUUGCACUUCACAGUACUGAUGAUUUCAGAGCAUUUCCAUUAAAAAGCCAAAAAACAGACACCUUUAUUGAUCCUAAACAAAUGCAACUUUUAAUUUCAGUUCCACGUGUGAUGAAUAAAGUUAACCAAUAAAUAAAUCCAUGCCUUAAGCAAAUACCAACCAUUUACAAUGCUGCGGAUGAAAAUGUUGCCAUGGAGUUGUAAUUUAAUCCCUUCAAAUAUUUCAAACACUGAAAAGGGACUAAUGACAUUUCUUUUAAAAUUGACCGAAAAUCCCUGAGCUUGUAGGCACUUGGGAAUUCCAGCAGGAAUUAUUAAAAGUAUUCAGCCACAACCUUAAAAAAACUGAAAAGAAAUAGCACUCUUGAAUCGGUUCUUUUGUAACUGGGUCAAAAUGUCCCUUGUAGUCACAACAUGCAAUCAAACAAUAAAAAAAACACUCACUGAUGACAGUUGCAUCCCUAAAAAGUCACCAUGGCUCCGUAGCCUUUGACCUCCUCAUUGCUACCUACAGCAUCUGAAUGGAAAACUAGAAAAUGCAUGUUGUCUCAAAGUGGGAGAAAUGAAUUGGACACCAUAGUAUUCCUAUGCAAAUGCUUCCCUCUAGUGGUUGUGAGUGACAUACGUGAUGACAUCAGCACAACCUAAUUCAACACUUUAAAUAGGGGUUGAAACCUGAGGGACACAUAGUGAAAAAUCAAAGGAUUCAGGGGUCAUUUUGACGUAUCCAAUUUUAGAAACAGGCUAAAACCAACCUGUGUACAUAAGAAGUAUAAUUUAAGAAAAACUUGCUGUGUCAGUUUUGUAUUCUGACAAAAGCGACAUAGUGGUGACAGCAUAUUAUGAGCAAUGGUGGAAUUUUUCGUGGAUUUUUGGAAUAAGCCACAGGUCAAACAGGUUGUGGACCAGAAAUGCACUUUGAACACUUUUGCUUUAGUGUUACUAAAACACAAGAGAUGAAUGCAUUGUUUUUGAAAUUCACUCUCAUUAGCAUUCAGCCAAUCAGUAGUCUUCGAUUUAUUACAAAUGCUGAGCGAAAAUAGUGAUUGGUAGAGCACUGAAACAUUAAAAAGUGAAGUGAUUCGA